AUGCCGUUUACUAAGCAGCAGAUCGCUAAAUUCGAGGCUAUCAGGAAGAAGAAUGCCAACCUAGACCAGUGGCACCAGGACCGAAAAAAGACCUUCAAAGAACGACACGAGCAGUACAAGGAACAGAUGGAACAUUCAAAUGUGAUUCUUAGUUACCCUCACUGGGUAAUGAGUGAGCGAUUAAGAAGACAGGACCCAGAGCUAUAUGAACAAUGGUACAACGAGAUGCAGUCCACCGGCAUCGAAACACCCGUACCUAAAUCUACCAAGUCUCACGUUGAACACCAUGUUGAAGCCACCAUGCACGUACUAAAGAGAGCUGCUGAACACAACGUCGAUCUGGAUGCGUCACCACCCAAAAAGACGUCCUUUAUGAUCGAUGACUUACUAGACGUUUCUCCACCGUCUCCUCCUCCUCAGCCAUCUACCAGCGGAUGGAAACGCAAGUUAGAACCUGCCCAAAGUAACAUUCCUGAGAAGCGAUCCCAUGACGAGGAGCUUGAAGACAUACUUGCUGAGUUACGCGCACCAGAGAUACCGGAAGAAGUACUCACACAAGUUGCUGAGACCGCCGAAGACGAAGUCUUUAUCAGCGAUAUCAUUCACAAGAUCAAUAGUACCGACAACCUAUGGACGUUCAUCUAUAGGGGUCCUCCACCUACUAUUGUUAGUAACAGUCGUGUUAGUGCAAUCAUAAUACAACACUCAGACCAUUAUCAUGUCGUUUUCCAAGCGCUGCCACAAAACCGAAAUCGUUCAUUACAACGCAUCCUCCAAGUUAUGGGUAUUCCCUCUACCUUUACCUUUGAUGUUCUGGCCACGUUACAACCGGUAGUCGAUUGGUUUCGCUUCGCUCCGUAUCUCGCCCGCACAGGGUAUUCCGUUCAGGUACUAGGCAAGCACUUACAACACUUGGCACAACACAUUGGCCUGACACCCGUAGACCAAAAAGACUGUGCCACACUGAACCGCGAGUCUCGUAAACAACAACAUUCCAAUGUUAACAGAACUAAGCGCACAAACCUGAUUGACGAACUGAUCGAUGUUCACCGGUGUACGCACCUCAAAGAGUUGAAACGCUGUCUGACUCGUAAACAACGCCUUGCCAUUUACAACGAGUUCGGCAUGCAAUGGGAAGAAUCCGCUAAGAUGUGCAUUGAGGCAUUCAACGAAGAGCUUUUUGAGCGCCAGAACACAUAUCUUUUGAAGAGUAUAUGCGCGAAAACAAUCACAUGUCAGUAUGUGCCCAUCCCAAGACUUUGGACGAUCCAUUUCUGGAUAACCUGCUGGCAGCCAAUAACAUCGACAAAGAUAAGUUUUGUACCGCUGUUCACGAGGUCAUGA